AUGUCAGAACAGAAUAACGAACCCAGUAUGAGGUUUAGAAAAACUUUCUCAAGAGCUAUGAGGUUCAUUGAAAUUCCCACUGAAAAAAGAGAAACUGUCAGUGUACUGAAGAAUCCAGAUUUAUUCCCAAUUCCAAAAGAAAAUCAAACUUGGGGGUUCUGGUCUAACUUCGGUUACUGGGGUAUCAUCUCCUUUGGUGUCGGUACUUGGUUAAGUGGUUCCUCCGCUUUAAGUGUCGGUUUAAGUUAUCCUGAAACGAUUGGUACUUUCAUUAUUGGUGACGUCUUAACAAUCAUGUUCACUUUGGCAAACUCCUACCCAGGUUUUGAUUGGAAAGUAGGUUUCACCUUAUCUCAACGUUUUGUUUUUGGUAUUUAUGGUUCUUGGUUCGGUAUUUUGAUCAGAAUUUUAAUGAGUGUUGUUAAUUAUGGCUCAAACGCCUGGCAAGGUGGUUUAUGUGUUAAUAUGAUUAUUAACUCAUGGUCUCAUCAUUAUUUAAAUUUACCCAAUACUCUAUCUUCCCAUGUCGCUAUGACUACAAAAGAAAUUAUUGGGUUUUUCAUCUUCCAUGUCAUUUGUGCUUUAUGCUAUAUUAUGAAACCAUAUCAAAUGAAAUAUCUAUUGAUUUGGUCAGGUUGGGCCACUUGUUUCUCAAUGAUGGGUAUGGUCAUUUAUUUAACUCAUAAAAAUGGUGGAGUCGGUGAUUUAUUCACAUCUACAAAAACUACCGCCCAAGGUUCCGCCAGAGGUUGGGCUUGGGUUUAUAUGAUUUCAUAUUGGUUUGGUAGUGUCUCUCCAGGUUCUGUUAAUCAAAGUGAUUACUCAAGAUUUGGUUCUUCUCAAAAAGCAAUCUGGUGGGGUACCAUAUUGGCCUUGUUGAUUCCAACCACUAUUGUUCCUGUAUUUGGUAUUAUUGGCGCGUCGACUAGUAGUGAGUUAUACGGCGAACUUAUUUGGAUGCCAACUGGUUUCUUCGAACGUUGGUUAAAUGACAAUUAUUCUGCUGGUGGCCGUGCUGCUUCGUUCUUCUGUGGCGUGGCUUUCACUAUGUCUCAAAUUAGUUAUAGUAUUUCUAAUGCCGGUUUUGCAAGUGGUAUGGAUUUAGCAGGUUUAUUACCAAAAUAUAUCAAUAUUAGACGUGGUGCAUUAUUAACUGCUGCUGUUUCUGUUGCUGUUCAGCCAUGGAAUUUCUAUAACUCUUCUUCUACUUUCUUAACUGUUACAAGUGCAUUUGGUGUUAUUAUGACACCAAUUAUUUCUGUUAUGAUUUGUGAUAACUUGAUUAUUAGAAAAAGACAGUAUUCUGUGUCUCAAGCCUUCGUGCUACAUGGCGAAUACUACUUCACAUGGGGUGUCAAUUGGAGAGCGGUUGCUGCGAUGGUCGUCGGUAUGGCUCCAGGGUUACCAGGUAUUGCUUGGCAAGUUAACAAUGAUUAUUUCCAUAAUAAAGGUAUUGUCAACUUCUAUUACGGUGAUUCUUUCUUCUCAUUUGCCAUCUCAUUCUUUUUUUAUUGGAUAUUGUGCUACUUCUUCCCAAUUAAAGUAACAAUUCCUCAUGAUGAUAAAGAUUAUUAUGGCGCUCUUACUGAUGAAGUGGCUAGAAAAAAAGGUAUGAUUCCAUUCAGUGAAAUCACUCAAGAAGAAAUCGACAGACACAUGGCUACUGAUCUUAUUGAACACUACGACGCCAAUAGUAGUUACCAAGAAACUUCCUCUACAACAACCGAAGUUAAAGAUGGAGGUGACAAAGAAGAUGGUGACAAAGCUGGUUUGGAAGUUCAAACAAAUUACAGAACAGUUUCAACUGAUGAAGAAGCAGAUGCUUAG